AACGAUAGCCCCGUUGACUGCAAGAAAGUAGCAGUGACGCCUCGGAGUUCAAACAUCGCCCAACUAAAACAGCCUGCCCAGGUGCCUGAGGACAGCAUUAGACCGUUGAAUCCCACACAGCCAGUGGUUCCCCGGCCAGGCCGCCAUAGAAGGCCCAUGACGGCUCCAAAGACUCCGAAAGUGAAGGCGUCUAAGAAGAAAAGAAUAAUUCUGACUGUCCUGGUAGUUGUUGUUUUACUGGGCAUACUAGUCACUGCAGCAUACUUUAUUAAGCAGCUGAUUGAGAGCAAAUAUUUCUUCUGCAAGAGUUCCGUGAAGUUUAUCCCGAUAGACAAGGCCUGUGACGGGAAUAAUGACUGUUCUGGAGGAGAGGAUGAAUUGACAUGUCUGUCAAGCUUUAAGGUCAACACUACCUUUCCAGUGCGGCUCAUGACAGCGCAGCAGGUCCUGCAGGUCUACAGUCCUGGCCCAGGUUGGCGGAGUGUGUGUAGCGACGACUGGGCCGAGCAACACACACAGACAGCAUGUAAACAACUGGGAUACACAUAUAAACCUAAAAGCACAAGUGUCAAAGUGGACACCUUGUUGUUUCCUCUGAAAACAACUGGACCAUUCACAGCUAUCAGGCCCGGGACUACAAAAACACCCAUUCAUCAGGCUACUAUAGACCGCAGUGUAUGCAAAUCCGACUCUGUGAUUUCUUUGUCCUGUUCAGACUGUGGAGAGGUGGGCUUUCAGGACCGUGUUGUCGGGGGUUCAGAUGCUUUCAUUGAGGACUGGCCCUGGCAGGUUAGCUUGCAACAGGGAGGCCAACACUCAUGUGGAGGCUCACUGGUGUCCCCACGUUGGGUUAUCACUGCUGCCCAUUGCUUCACUGGCAGUAAAAAAGAGCUGAGUCGCUGGAGAGUGGUGUCAGGCCGGACAUACAUAGGCACACUAGGAGGUUCCUAUGUGGACAGAAUCAUAUUAAAUGCAAACUACGAUCCAGCACGAAACGACUACGACAUUGCAAUGAUGAGACUCAGCAGCCCGAUAUCAGUGGGAGUGAGCCGCAAACCGGUUUGUCUACCUCCUAAAGCAUUUAGCCUUCCUUCCCAAGCCUCCAUGUCUGUGACUGGCUGGGGAUACCUGGAGGAAAAGGGUAAGGUUUCUCCUACACUUCAGAAGGCCUCUAUCCCUCUGAUAGAGCGGCGGAAGUGUGCCAGCCCUAAGGUGUAUGGGAGUUCAAUAACCCAAAGAAUGAUCUGUGCUGGUUUCCUGGAUGGGGGAGUGGAUGCCUGCCAGGGGGACAGUGGGGGUCCUUUGGUGUAUUUCACCUCCUCUCAAUGGCAUCUGGUUGGAGUGGUGAGCUGGGGGGUCGGCUGUGCACGGGAGAGAAAACCAGGUGUCUACUCCAACGUCGAAGAAAUGCUAAACUGGAUUCGAACAGUAGUUGAGAAAAACCCCUGAGGUCUUCUGAUGUGUUGAGCAAGACUCCAGUCAAGUCUGCCUUGGACAGCCUGUGAAACUCAAAGACAUUUUUUGUUUCAGUGUGGUUGACUAAAGAGGGUAGAAAGAAGGAAAGAAAGUCAAAGAUCAACACAAAAUAACUGUUUUCAGCCAAAUGCAAAAACACUACACACACACACACACACACACACACACACACACACACACACGGUUUCACACAAAAUGUAUUUCAGGUGUUUGUGCCAUUUCAGGUUCUUAUCUCAGGGGAAAAGUAUAUGUAUGUUAUGUGUUGCUGGCUAGUCUGAAAUGUUUUUUUUAAAUCAACGAUCUAGUCAUUUGACAGACCAAAUGUGCUGAUUAUGCGUUUUUAAAUAAAGUUGGUAUCAAAUGUGAA